CAGUACACCUGAAACUAACACCACAUGAUAAAUUAUAUCGUAGUAUAAAGAAAAAAUUUUAAAAAGUAGGUGGGCCAAAGGAAGGUGGUCUCUACCUUGGGUGUCUUUCCUGGCUCAGAAUAAGACCUUUAGAGGCGUGAUUGGGGGGAGGGACCAGAGAAACAGAUUCAGUCCCUGGGAGAAGGUCUCAGAGCUCUGGCAGCGGGAAAUAAGAAAGCUGCAAGAGAAGAAAGUAACCUUGGGGUUUAAGGGGAAGAGAGUAGAUCCUCGCUGUUCCACCCCUGCUCUCAUUUUGCUCUGAUCCCUCAUCCCUUUGAAACCAGCUCAGACAGCUCCAGGUACAUCUUUCCUUUCCCUCCCCACUCCCGUUAACCUAAUUUAUGCUCAAAAUCACACCUGGGCCUUUAAUAGUCUAGUCUCUUCUAACUGUUAAACUCCUACGCAUACGUCAAGACCCAGCUCAAAUGGCCCUUCUGUGAGCCCCGCCUCUUUUUCCCUAGAUAAAACUAAUUACCCUCUCUUCUUAACAAAUUUGUAGUCCCAAGAAUGUCUUUCACACUCUAUGGCAUCUGAGCCCUCUGUGCCUAGCAUGCAACCAAACCCAUGGUGAAUACUUGGGACAUUUUGAGUGGAUGAGAGAGUGAGCAAUGCCUGAAGGCCCCUGCUGCCCCCUCCGUACUGGCUCUCCUUGGCCUCUGUUCCCCAGGGUGGGCUUAUCAGCCCUCUGAGGUAACAGAGCCCUGUGUAUAGUGAUCACCAUGGCAACUCCAAUGGACGGGGGUGGGCUGCUCCCCAGCAACUAUCCACUGGUCUCCAGCAGCAGUUGUGCAGCACAGAUCUGCACUCCUGGGCCUCGGCACGCACCAGGGCAGUUCACAUGUUUUCUGACGUUAUGAGAGAGAGUGGACAGAGCUGCUUGUGAGUGGAGCUCCCAGACUGCAAGGGAUCUACUUUCCCUCCCUCCUUGACCAACGUCUCUUGGGAUCUUUCUCUCCAGGACGAAGCUUGGAAUUACCUGUUCCACAGCAAGAGCCAAUGGAGCUGGGCCACCGACCAGGUACAACCACUCUGACCAGGGCCCAUCCGAACAACAACAAGGAAGGCCAGCAGGACACGGACCCCUGGAGAGCUGCCCAUAGCCCUUUGGAUACCUCCAAGCUCAAGUACCAGGCCCCGGUCUCCCUGAAGCCAUCCCUGUACCGAGGAGACAGCCCCCAAAGCAGCUCCCUGGGGCGGGCCUCCCUGGAGGAGAUCCCGCCUCCACCCCCUUCAGCUGUCAGCCGGGGAUCCCUCCGGAGGGACUCAGACCCGGAAUCCCUGAAGAAGGGGAGCUUCAGACCCUCCUCGAGGGAGAGCAGGGCUUCCUUACGAGAAGGGGCUCAGCUGUGCCAGGCGCCGAAGGAAGACCCCAACUCUGGGGCCCAGGGCCAGAGCAGCAGCAGCAUUCCCAACAAUAUUCGUCACAAGUUUGGGAGCAACGUGGUGGACCAGCUGGUGUCCGAAGAGCAGGCUCGAAAGGCCAUCGGGGAAGCCUUGGAGGGCCAGAAGAGGACAAGCUCAUGGCCCAGUAGGAUCCAGAGCCCCACGGAAAUUACCUCCAUCUUUUCAGACUACUAUGAUCUGGGCUACAACAUGCGGUCAAACUUGUUUCAAGGGGCCCCACAGGAGACGAAAAGCCUCAUGAAGGCUUCCUACACCCCCGAGGUGAUUGAGAAAUCGGUGAGGGACUUAGAGCACUGGCAUGGCAGGAAGACGGAUGAUCUGGGACGGUGGCACCAGAAAAACGCGAUGAACAUGAACUUGCAGAAAGCACUGGAUGAGAAAGAAAAGAGCAAAAACAAGAACUCAAAGUAGAUGCAACCCAGGAGAGGUGCCCUCCGCUCAGAGAAAGUGCUAAUAAAGAAAGGCACACAUCC